AUGGCUCCUCCCACUCCCAUCAGUGAUGAUCCUCUCAAGAUCAAGAGAUAUUUUGGAAUGAAGAGUAUCUGGAGUAACGUGAAGAAAGGCUCAGCCAGACAGAGUCCAAAUCCAGAAAUUUGGUCGACCCAACAAAUCGAUUCGGAUUCAAGUUUUGCGGCACUAUUACCUCCAUCCCGAGACUCAAUACAAGGUUCCAAAAAUUCGUGUCUCUCUGAUCUCACCAACUAUAUCCCUGCAGGAUCGAUUCGAAUACACAAGCAGGAGUGUUCACUCUUGACGGAAGAAGCCUUUAGGUGUCGAAGUUGGCAUGCUUUUUAUCUUCCUUCCGAUAUCACCAACUUCCAACAAAGUAUCUUGUAUCUACCAAAUACUAUACAAGGUCAACUGCUCCGUUCCGCUGCCCUUGCUGGCUACACUGGAAUACAUAAUGCGGGUUGGAUCAGAAUGGAGUUCAAGGCGAAGGAUAAUAACAGUGGUCAAGUAAGGGUGUAUAUCUUACCAGAUGAUAUUGGAAAUACUGCGUUAGAUCGUUCGAUGAAGCAACUUCGUAAGGGUAUGCAGGCCUUACUAGACAAGUUGGAUGUUUCGAAUGCGGCUUGGCAAGGAACAUGGUCAGAUGACACACCAAUUCAGCACAUCGACUCUGAGUUGGAUGAGAACAAAUCUGCAAAUACCAUCUCGCUAUUUGACAUGUUCAAUAAUUUACCAUCUCCAAAGCCGGACCCGGGUGUUAUUGUUGGAGAUGAUUAUGUACGAGAUGCGAUGCGAUCUCUUCUUGCAGGUAAUGUACAGGGGCUUAAUCCAAAUACACAAAUGCAUCCCUACCAAUGUCAAACGGCUGCUAUGAUGCUGCAGCGGGAAACACAGCCAGGACACAUCAUGGAUCCACGACUUCGAAAACUUCAAGAUCAACAUGGUCAGAGCUUUUACUGUGAUUUGAGUGCGAACAUGAGCACUCCAUUGACUCUAUUCCCACGCGAAAAAAACACGGGUUCUCUUCUCGAUAUGUGCGCUUCGACCGUCGGUAGACUUGGAAUUCCGUGGGAGAUAAUCCUUGGAAAAAUGGAGUCCGAAGGAGAACUCGGAUUCAGCCAAAUGCAUGCCGCAUUAAAUAGAGAAAUUGGCUACUAUUGGUAUGAGCCUGACCCACCAGCUCGCGAGACCCGUCGUCCAAUAAGCCUAAGUAAGAAGAAGAUUUGGCUCGCAAAGUCUACACUUGUAGUUGUUCCACCCAAUUUGGUACAUCAAUGGAUACAAGAGAUCGAGAAGCAUACCACCAGCUUGAGUUACUUGGUUAUAGAUGAUGUGAGAAUCCGAGUACCUGCCGCGCAUGAGUUGGUAAAGUACGACAUUAUUUUAUUCAGCAGAAGCAGAUUUGAAAGAGAGGCUACAGAAGAGACUUUGACGUCCCCACAGAGCACCAAUACUUGCGAGCACUGUUUUGGAAACCCAGAAGCUUCAAACUGCCCUUGCGAGAUAUACUCAAGAAAUACACCAGCAGAUACCUUCAAAUAUCGUUCUCCACUUCGAGAUCUCCAUUUCAAGCGCCUGAUCACCGAUGAAGGACAUGGUUUCGGGAAUGUAAAGAAAAGCGGACAGUCAAAUGCGAUAAUUAUGAUUGACUUCUUGCAUAUUGAUGCACGUUGGAUUAUUUCUGGAACUCCGACGAACGGCCUUCAUGGAAAAGACGUUGAAUUUUCGAGAACUUAUGAGCUCAGAGAUUAUCACACGAUGUCCAUGGGCCUAGAAAGCGCCAAGAUGCCCCUUGGAAAAAGCUACACCGACUCAAAAGUAGUGGCUGCCGAGCAAGAGACUAAGGACCUCGAAAAGCUUGGAAAUAUACUGAAGUCGUAUCUUAAAGCUCAACCAUGGGCAAACACGGCCGUGGUGGGUGAUCAAGCAUCGUGGCUAGACCUAGUCAUCAAGCCACGAUUUAAUCGACAGAUCCAUGGCGACCCAGGAAUUCUUAAGUUUACUUUAGAAAGUAUGAUCAUCCGACAUACAGAAAGAGACAUCACGAGUCAACUUAGACUUCCCAAAUUAAACAAGAAAAUUGUUUCCCUCGAAGGAUGUUUUCAGGAUAAGUUGUCGUUGAAUAUAUUUUCGAUGAUGAUUACAAUAAAUGCUGUGACCUCGGAAAGAGAAGGUGUAGACUAUCUCUUUCAUCCAAAAAACAGGAGAGCGCUUCUGACUUUGUUCUCAAACUUACGAGAGGCUUCUUUCACUUGGUCAGGUUACACCACGGCAAUGAUUGAGAACUCGCUUCAAACCGGCGAAAAGUUCCUUACAAAAGAUGACAUCAAUCCCGAAGACAGAAAGCUUCUACAGGAAGCAAUUCGAGUUGGAAAGCUGGCCCUUUCGAAUGGUAUAUUCACAGCCGUCAGUCAACUACAUGAAAUGGCCAUGUAUGUACAGAAUCCUCUACAGGAAGAGAUUAGGCGUGCAUGGGCACUCGACUACCAUGAUGGAAAUCCAACAUUGAUGGGCGCUAGUAUGAUAUGUGCUGCAAAAGAGGCGUUUCGUACAUAUCGUCGUGGUGACCUCAACGAUCCUUCCGAUUCUGACUUCGAUACAGCUAAACUCAUCAAUCUUGGAGAGAAUUUGAUGCGCAGAUUUGCAGUGAACGCUGAUGUAGACCCUGUCAAAUUCAAAUCAACACAAGCAGGCUUUACAGAUCACAGACCAAAUGCAAUCCCCGAUUUCUCAACUUCAGUGAAGAGAUCCAUGUGGAAAAGCUCUACUAUCACAUCCACCGCUUCAUCUAAACUCUCAUACCUCAUGGACCAGAUCUUUCUUUAUCACAAAAAAGAGAAGAUUGUUGUGUUUUAUGAGGCCGAAAACGUGGGAUAUUACAUUGCGCAGGCGUUGAAAUGUGUAAACAUCGAGCGUUUGCUUUAUACCAGGAGAGAUUCAACCUCUGAGCGUUUAAAAUGUGUUGCAAAGUUCAAAUCCGUCGCUGGUUACCGUGUCAUGCUCAUGGAUGUUAAUCAAGCCGCCUUUGGUUUGGAUAUGAGUGUAGCAUCAAGAAUAUACUUCGUUAAUCCGGUAUUUUCACCACAAGUUGAGGCACAAGCUAUCAAGAGAUCACACCGCAUCGGUCAGCUCCGCCCUGUAUAUGUUGAGACUUUGGUUCAGAAAGGCAGCGUUGAGGAGGUGAUCUUGACAAGACGAAGCACACUAAACGGACAAGAGCACACGCAGUUGAAGAAUAUCCUCGAUGACCAAACAAUAUAUGACUGGAUCAAGGAUAUUCAAUUCUACCCUAUUGCGAGUGGUAGAUUACCAGGUCCAGAACAAUUUGCUCCCCUUCUUUACCCGCAGCACGCGUUUGAAAAGUCUGACAUUCUUCUGAAUGAUACGAAUAAGAAUAUGGUUCGUACGACGGAGUCAAGAACUAUUGACCCCCCUCCAUCUCAAUUGACCGAGAGCAGACACUCAGCUUCAGGUCGUGGUACUACCCGUAACGUGGCUCAAUUAGGCAAUUUAAGCCAAAUCUUAGGGACUGAGAUUUCAAACCUCAUUCUUGCAACUUAUAAGAGAGGACUUCAAGAGCGAAUUCAUGAACAAGAAAUAGGACUAAGUCGCUGGCUUGAUGGUUUAAUGGUUUCGCAUCGAAUGAUCAGUGGUACUGCUAGUGGUACAGAGCCCAGACAAACUAUUCUUGAAGAUGAAGGAGCAGAAGAAAAUAUUCAUAAGAACGAAGAAGAUCAUCUAGAAUCUCUCUCCACAAAUUCCAUGAAAGAAAGAUCCAGAAGAAAAAGCCGGCACGAUAAGUUGAUGAUGCGAUCGAUGCGAUCGAAAGUCUUGAGAGAAUUGGCUGAGACAAAAUCAGAAAAGGAUGACAAAGAGGAGUCCGAUGACGACGGAGAAGAGCAAGGCGAAGAGCGUGGGUCCAUGCAGGGAAACGAGGCGAGCUCCAUGUCAAACCAUCCGCGAAGACAUGAAAACCAGAGCCAUAGCUCUGCUCAAACGCUCACCUUGGAGGACAGAAUAAAAGAAAUGAUAGGAGAAACAGCUGUGAUUCAACGUAGUGCUAGUGGGUCAUCUCCUAGUCUGUUUAGUGCUAGUAUAUUCGGUGCUGGCGAAGCAUCUGCUGGUCGGCCCAUUCCUAGGAUAUUUGGCUCUGAUAGAUCAUCUGCUGGUCAGCCCAUUCCUAGGAUAUCCGGUGCUGGUGGGCCAUCUACUCGUGCACCACUGAAUACCUUGAUGACGGCUAGUGAACCCCGACUUGAGGAAGUGGAAGAGGAUAUAGCAGAACUCUUUGCAAAUGAAGAAGAUGCGAGCAUGGAGGACGCAGGGGUUACAGAUGGUGCGGAAGAUGCGGAAGAUGCGGCAGAUGUGGCAGAUGCGGUCACAGGUGCGGAGUUUGAUGCUUCCUACGGAAACUUGUAUGACGCAUGA